AUGCCGGGACACAGGUGCAUCGUACCAGGAUGUAAAUCUGGUUACGACUCCUGUGUCAAUAAAUACCAUUUUUUCACUGUCCCAAAAGAUCUGGCUAAACUUGAACUAUGGAAAAAAGCUAUACCGAGGAAAGAAUUUGUAUUUAAACCAAGGCAAGUGGUUUGUGAAUUACAUUUUCACGAAGAAGAUAUAAUAAGGACAAAAAAAAUUACAGACAUAAAUGGGAAAAUUGUCGUAGAGGUAUUGUACCGCUAA